UCCCCUGGGACACGCCGCCGCUGCCGCUUGCACCCACCGCCGCGGCGCACGCCGCCGAAUCUCGCCGCUCCACCGGAUCCCUUCACCACCCCGGCCAUGGGCGCUGGCUCCCCCACCUAGAAUCCCCGCUCCCCCGGCCAUGGCGCGCGCUACACACCCGCGCAACCACCGGGAAUCCACGAUGGGCUCCUCUGCAGAGGAGCUAGCUCCGCGCCGUGCGCUCCAGCACCGACGCUCGUGCAGUUCAACGGCGACGGCGGCCAUGGCCAUGCUCACUCAUGCUCCAACGCCGGCCGUCCUCGCGCAGGUCCCUUUUCCUCUGUAUCUUCAGAUCUCAUCCCACCACCCGAGCGCCUCCUCCUCGCGCCCUCGUCGACGAUCUGCAGACUGCAGUAGCAGCAGCAGGACCCCCGCCGGAAGCAGCAGCUCCACCGCACAACAACGGCGCUGCGGGUGUCACUCUCGAGCGCCAGUUCACGGUCCCAGCGCCCAUCUACCUGUGCAGCGCGGCCGCUAACAUGGGCAGCUCGAUGAGGAACGCCGGCGGCGCCCGCGUGCCCUCGUGGAUGGCCAGGCUCAGCCGGCAGCGGCGGUGCCUGAAGAGCGUCACCGCCGGUGCAUGGUCCGCGAGGAGGGCCCUGCUGCCGCUGUGCUGCCCGAGCAGCGCGCCCAUCAUGAGCGCUAAGACGGCUUGCCCCAUUCCUGGGCUCGGGCGGCGCGGACGCCCGCCGCGACGCAUCACCCCUUCCUUGGCUCCUGCGGCGUGGACGCCGGCGGCAAGCGGCGACGCGUGCCCGGCGGUGGAGAACGCAAAUGGAUAAGCGGCGGCGGUUCCUGGUGGUGAAUCAGUUUAAUUAAGUAUCGCGGGGUAGAUUUCUAACUAAUGGAGGGUUUUGUUGCAAAAACGAAGCGUUUCCUCAUGUUAAAAUAGGACUGCGUGUUGAUUUCUUAGAAACAGAGGGGCUUUUAUGCAAAAUAGCUAGCGACGAGUUACCACGGGCUCUUGAAAUAGUUUGCAAGAGUUACAUGUUAACUUUCUAA